AUGGGGUACAUGAUAUACACAUUUGGUCAGUUCUGUCCAAAGGGACCCAUUCAGAACAUCAACAUCAACAAAUCCAAGAUUGACAUGACAGUCUCUUGUACAGCCACCGAUGAUCACUGCCAUCUUAUUAACCCCAUCAUAAACUAUUUGUUUAGAAAAUAAAUAUCGGAGCACUUUAUAUUCACAGUUGAAGCAAAAAGCCAUCAUACAGCCUUGCUGGUAACCCCAGCAUGGCCAUCUGGAAUGACACAAUCCAAUACAGUAUCCUGGAUUGUUAUGCUGGAUCCGCAGUUUAAGGGCAAUCUGGAGUUCAAAAAUGUCAGUCAGCCCAAGUGCAAAGAAGUGCGUACAAGCAUCACCGUCCAGAGCUUUCGCUCUUUGAUGAUGCUUUACAUUGAGGAUGAUAAGAUUAGGGAUUUGCAGGUUUUAGACAGUUUUUACCUCAACAUGACUAACUGCAAGUCAACAUCUGGAGACUUCAGAGUAAUGAUGCAGAUAACGGUGCAGAAAAAUCAUCUUUUGACAGUUAUCUUAAGUAUCAUGGGAAUGCUUUUGGCUGUGAUGAUUAUAGCCGUUGUGGUCUGUAUUUUUUAUCAGGAAAAAAAGAGGAAUAGUGCUCUGCAAGUGUCCAUCUACAAUCCUGGCGAGCAUGACAUCCUUCCCAUUACACAGGAGGAUCCUCACAUCUAUGAGCACAUAGUCGAAACUAAUGUAUAUUCCGAUCGAUGUUACUUAAAUAAACAGUGUACAGAAUCCAGUAUGGAUGAUAGGGAUCCACAACAGAGUGGACCAACUUUGCCUGAAAGGGCCAUGGGAAAAUUUCCCACCAUCAACAACCACAACAUGAUUGACAAUGAGCUCUAUGGUUAG